AUGUCUCUAGCACCUUUAACUAAGCAAGGUUUAAAAACUCUUCGUGAUGGGUUCUAUAAGUGUCCAAAAAAUCGUCUAGCUCAAAAUGCAGUCACUCAAAAAGAUCCACUUGAAAUUGCAAUGUGUCGACCAAGAAUUGAGCAAACAAGUCAUGUAUUUACUUACAAGGUAGAUAAUGAGGCCAAGCCAGUAUGCGAUCAAAAGUCUACUGGAAGAUGCUGGAAUUUUGCAGCACAUAACGUCAUGCGAUUGCCAUUUAUGAAGCAGUUCAAUUUGGAAGAGUUUGAGUUCUCUCAAGCUUAUUUCUUCUAUUGGGAUAAGAUUGAACGAUCAUAUUACUUCCUCAAUAAUAUCGUUGAAACUGCAAAACGAGGAGAAAAAGUCGAUGGACGACUUGUUUCUUUCUUGCAUGGAGAUCCAAUCGGAGAUGGUGGACAGUGGGAUAUGAUUGUCAACAUAAUCAACAAACAUGGCGUUAUGCCAAAGAAAUGCUUCCCAGAAAGCUUCUCGAGUGAAAAUUCAGCUAGAAUGAAUGCGAUUUUAAAGUCAAAAUUGAGAGAAUUUUCAAAGGUUUUAAGAGACUUGAUUACUGCCGGAGCAUCAAAUGAUGUUGUCCAAAAGAAGGUUGAUGAACAGAUGCUUGAUAUUUAUAAUAUUGUCGGUAUUUGUUUGGGAAUUCCAUCAGAGACAUUCACUUGGGAAUAUUAUGAUAAAAAUAAGAAAUACUUCUCAAUUGGACCAGUGACUGCACUCGAAUUUUAUGAGCAAUAUGUAAAGCCUUACUUCAAUAUUGACGAUAAAGUAUGUUUGGUGACUGAUCCACGUCCUUCGAAUGAAUUUGGUAAAGGAUAUACCGUUGACUGUUUAGGAAAUGUCGUUGGUGGACGAACUGUAUUUUACAAUAAUCAACCUGUCGAUGUCCUUAUUGAUCUGAUUACUAAGAGCUUGAAGGAUAAUGAAGCUGUUUGGUUUGGUUGUGAUGUUGGUGCUCGAUUUGCAAGAUUUCAAGGUGGUAUCGAAGAUCUGGAAAUUCAUGAUUAUAAAGUGCUGUUCAAUACGGAAGUUCAAUUGGGUCUGAAUAAGGCUGAAAGGCUCAUAUAUGGAGAUUCUUUAAUGACGCAUGCAAUGGUUUUCACGGGAUAUGGAACUGAUAAGGAGGAUAAACCGACUAAAUUCCGAGUUGAAAAUAGUUGGGGUGAAAGUCGUGGAGGUGACAAAGGAUACUUGAUCAUGACUGUCGACUGGUUCAGAGAAUAUGGCUACGAAAUUGUCGUUGACAAGAAGUAUGUAUCUGAGGAAAUCAUGAAAGUCUUUGAAACUAAGCCGAUCGUUUUGAAUGCUUGGGAUCCAAUGGGAAGCUUAGCCAGAUGUUAA